AUGGCGCUGUCGGCUACCGAGUUAACUGCCAUCGCAAUCACAUUCAGCUUCCUGGCUGUAGUCCAUUACAGGAGGAGGAACUCGUCUCCGUACAAACUUCCUCCUGGCCCCAAGGGCAUACCUUUCUUCGGCAACCUCUUCCAGGUUGACGCCCUCCGCCCUUACCCCAAGUUCCGAGAAUGGGCGAAGGAGUAUGGUGAAAUCUUCCACCUUCGCCUUGGCCCGUGGCAAGACGUCGUCGUCCUCAACACUGCUGAGGCCGCCGAUGAACUCUUCCUCAACCGAAGCAAAGACUUCUCAAGCCGAUCACCCCCGCACGUCGCACACGAUAUAAUGAGCGCUGGUCAAAGACUCGUAUUCUUACCCUACGAGAAGGAGUGGAAGACCGCGAGACGAUCUCUUCAAAGCGCUAUUGGUCCCGGUCCAUCUAAGCGCCUGAGGCCUGCCCAGGAACUCGAAUCAAGAGUCUUGCUCUACGACCUCGUCAGUCAUGGGGAUCAAAGCAUUGUCGAGGAACUCAAGGAAGGGCCCAAUGGUGAAGUCCCAGAAAGGCAUUGGUUCUCCUUGAUUCGACGAUACACCACCAGCAUCGUUAUGUCCGUCAUGUAUGGCAAGCGAGUACACAAGCUCACGAACAACACGUAUUUGAAUAUGAUAUACGAGGUUCUGGCCAACUUCACUCAUGUCGCUCAGCCUGGAAAUUACAUCGCCGAUGCCUUCCCUGUCUUCAGAACGCUGCCAGAUAUCCUUGCGCCGUGGCGUGUAGCCGCCCGGAAGAUGCACGAAUGGGAAAUGAAACUGUGGGGUGGCCUCCUGAAGGACAUUCAAGGCGAUAUGAGCAAAGGAAUCGCAAGCGAUUGCUACGUUGGGAACUACUUGAAGCAGCGUGCGGAAGCUGGGCAGGAACAAGCGCCUGGCUGCGGUCUGACUGACGACGGGUGGCUGAAGGAUACGCUUUUGGCUUACACUGCUGGGACUGUCCUUGAGGCCGGUUCAGAUACCACUGCUAGCACCAUGCAAUCUUUCAUUCUCAUGAUGCUUGCACACCCGGAAGUAUUGCAGAAGGUUCGGGCAGAAGUAGACCGAGUAGUCGGCUCAGAUCGCAUGCCUACCUUUGAAGAUGAACCAAACCUCCCGUAUCUCGUUGCAUGUAUCAAGGAGACUCUCCGUCGCCGACCCCCUUCGAUCAUGGGUAUACCUCACAGCGCUCACGAAGAUGAGGUGUACAAAGGAUACCUGAUACCUAAAGGUUCAACAGUGAUAGGCAACAUCUGGGCAAUCCACAUGGACCCUGUCCGAUUCCCUAACCCAUUCGCAUAUCAACCAGAGCGGUGGUACACCGAGGGUAAACCCACCAGAUGGGGCAGUGGACCCGAUUCAGACAGGGACCACUACGUAUUCGGAUGGGGUAGGCGCUUCUGCCAGGGAAGCCACAUUGCUGAAGCUUCGCUCUUCAUCGUCCUAUCACGCCUGAUCUGGGGUGUUCAAUUCGAAGCCCCCAGAGAUCCGAAGACUGGAUCACCAGUUAUUCCAGACAUUAACGACGAAGCUGCAACAUUUUCGGAUGGCAUCGUUGCUGUACCGUACAUCUACAAAGUUGGCUUCAAGUCCAGGUCGGAGAAGCACGCGAGUAUCAUCAAGAGAUCCUUUGAGGAUGCUCAGGCGGAGUGGCAGGUCCUUGGUCUGAAGACAGAUGAACGUUAG